AGAACCAUAAAUUUGUGCUUUGGGUGGGAUCAGGUUCACAUGGGAAAUUGGUCGGCAUCAAAUGUCAAGUUCCAUGAGCCGAUCAGAGGCGUAGGCAUGCGACGGAUGCUCAAAAAACAAGGUUUUGAGGUGUACUUGCUCGAUGAAUUUGAACGUCCUCGUGCUGUCCUGACUGCGGCGAUCCGUUGGAAAAAAUCAAGAAGGUCAUACCGACGAACGAAAUGUACAAAUCAAAAAUGUAAACAUGAUCAUGGCUAUAAAUUAUGGAAUCGAGACUUGGCUGCAGUCCUUAAUUUCCGCAAGAUUCUGUUUGGCCACCGAGAGAAUAACGAAAGACCGACACUUUUCAAAAGGAAGCGAGCCGAAGCGGAAGCCUCGAGUAGCAAGAUUCCAAAACAUUCAUGAUAUCAUCCGGAUCAGUUAUCGCUGUU